GAGAAAGUGCCAUAAAUUGGGAAUUGCGAAAACGGAAGACCCUCGCAUAGCAAACCACUAACCCGAAAGGGGACUUUUUUGAUUAGGGGUUUAAGAAAAGGGAAUGCAAGGAUAGGACUAUACUGAUUAACCCCAAUUCUCAGUAUAUAUUCCGCUUGAUUGCAAUGGUUUCCCUUUCAACCUGGUUCCGAUACGUCGCCCACAAGUUCGAAUACUCCGUCUCUCUCAGUUGGAAGAACUAUAAGAUAGGUCAAAUUACUGACAGAGAAGUAAACGAUGCCGUUUGGAAGACUUUUUUCCAUGGAAAGUUGACAUACUUGCAUUGGAAUAAAGGAGAGGAGAUGGCCCCAACUAUAAGCGGAGGGACGCUUCUUGUCCGGAAAUUACCACUCGCCGAUCCUACGCGUGUUUCUGUCGGAGAUGUGGUGUUAUUGAAGGAUCCUGAUAAUGAAAAAAAUCAUAUAGUACGAAGAUUAGCUGCCACCGAAGGGUAUGAAAUGCUGUCUACUGAUGCAAAUGACGAACCUUUUGUCCUUGAAAAGGAUCAGUGCUGGGUCUUGGCUGACAAUGAAAAAUUGAAGCCCAAGGAAGUUAACGACAGUCGUAAAUUUGGUCCGGUUCCAAUGAUGGAUAUAGUUGGUAGAGUCAUAUAUUGUCUACGAACAGCCGUGGAUCAUGGACCUGUUCAGAAUAAUUACCGUAGCAUGCGUAAAGAUUCUGCGGUGUUGGAAGUGGAACUGGACGUUGAUGAGAUGGCAAAAAAUCACAAAGCCUGAAGGUUUUCCUGCAUAAAGCGCUGGCUCAUUAGUUCGUAGGUGGUUCAUCAGAUCAGAGAUGGUGGAUUUAUGGACCAAGUUAGCCAAGCUGAGAAAAUUUCUCUCUUUCCUGCUAGAACAUUAAGCAGCUUGUACCAGAAUUUUGAGUUUCAAGUAUUUAUAAACUCUUCUCAAUAACAUAAUUGUAGUCUGGAAAACUACAAAAUAGAGAAGAAAAUCCAGUUGAUAUGAUGAUAUCUAUUUUCUGGAUGCUUGUACUGUUCUGUAUUCUGCUGUGACACCUUUCUUUCCUUCAAAGAAUUCAACAAUGAGUUUUUUUUUUUU